AUGUUGGUGUCCGCACCGAAAGGUCAGCUUACACUCACCCACUCGACUCGCCCACUCUCCCCUUCACUCCGUCUCAUUACCGAAUCGAUAAUUAUCCCUUUGUCGCUCUCCCACAAUCUGUUCCGUUUUCAGCGAGGGUUUCACUAACGUUGUGUCGCGCAACACGAAAUAACAGCCGGUAACACCUGAGGGAGAGAAGAAGCGCGGAACAAUGGCUGAGAAGAACGUAAGUUGCGAAGAGAUGGUCUUUGAUCCGGCCGCGCUGUGUGGGAGCACGCGGAAUGGGUCAUCGGUCAACGCGACCACCCAAAAUGCAAACAAAAACGCUUCGGGCACGGCCAAUUGUAUCAGAAUGAGUGUUUGAGACGGCGAUGGAAUAAGCUAGACGUAGAGCUGAACCGUCUUUCCAUUCGACCUAUUUUUCGCCCAUAUUUUUGAUACAAUGGUAAUUUUUUAUGUCAGGCAGCGCGCGGUCAUUGUCACGCAACGUCUUGAGCUCUCCACAAAUGUACACGUUUUUAUAGGAAGUGACGGAGCAACCAGCUGAGAAGCCAGUGAAGGCCACUAAGGUGAAGGGAACCGUCAAGUGGUUCAAUGUGAAGAACGGCUAUGGCUUCAUCAACCGAACGGACACCAACGAAGACAUUUUCGUUCACCAGACCGCCAUCAUCAACAACAAUCCGAACAAGUACCUGAGAAGUCUCGGCGACAACGAGGAGGUCCUCUUCGACAUUGUCGAGGGAUCCAAGGGACUCGAGGCCGCCAGUGUGACUGGACCGGACGGAGGACCAGUCCAGGGAUCCAAGUACGCGGCUGACCGCGAUUCUGAGAAUCCGGGACGCGGAAGAGGAGGACGUGGACGCGGAAGGCGCGGUGGCCGUGGUGGUGUCAGACACGACUCCGGAUCGAGAGACGAAGGAGAGGGAAGCCAGCGUGGACGCGGCGGAUUCCGUCGUGGAGGACGUGGAGGAGCCAGACAGAACAGCGGCGGAGAGGAAGGAGCCCCAGUUGAGGUAAUUCGAUCGAAUUAUAAAGAGCAGACAGGUUCAAUGAUGUGGUUGCAGGGCGGAGAGCAACGCGGAGGGCGCGGACGUCGUGGCGGACGUGGACGCGGUGGACGCGGACGCGGAAGCCGUGGAGGACAGGGCGGACAGAGCGAGGCCUAG